GAUUUGGGACCAAGUAGAUCGUAGGACUUGAUAUAUAAAUUAGCAGUAGAAUGCCCUACAGAACGAGCAGCUACACCACAUCUGUUCCAUCAGCAGGACAUCACCAUGGCUCAAUCCAAAGCUUCCAACGGCAAGAAGGAAGAGAUCGUCUGGCUUCAUGUCGUUAGCUUUAUUGCCCUUCAUCUCGCCGUGCUUAUCCUCGUCCCUCAAACCCAUCUGCGACUGGAAACAGCCAUCUUCACCUUGCUGUACGGCUAUGCUACAGCCAUGGGGAUUACCGCAGGUAUACCUCCUGUUCAGCAUGCGUACACCGCCAGCUGACAAUAUAGGAUAUCACCGGAUGUGGUCUCAUCGAGCAUACUACGCCAGCCCUGCUCUCAGAGUCCUCCU